AUCCGGGUCCUCGAGUGUGUAAUGUUAACAUGGCUGACCGAUCCCUGAUGUGACUCCUUCCUUAGGGGUAAAAAAGCGUGAGUUUUUCAUCUUUCCGAUGGUUUUUUCGAGACUUCGGCACGCUCGCUGAUGCCGAGAGGAUCCUCGCUGUGUGAAAGAUGCAGAAUGUCGUACAAGGACCUGCGGGCGAGAGCGAAAAAGAGCGAGUAAAAGCGGAGGGUGCGAAGUCCUCUGGCUCGAGCGCCACCCCGGAGAAAUGCCAAACGUAUGCGGACCUUCAGGAUAAAUUCUUCACGGUCUCCGGCGAGUCAGAGAGCGAAGAAGGGGACGAGUCGGAGGUGGAGCCAUUCCCCUUGGGUGAGGGGGAGGGGGAGGAGGAGGAGGUGGGCGGAACCGCUGGGAGCGUUCGCAACAAGUUCCUGUUGUCGGCCGCUGCCCACGCCACGGCCGCCACUCCGGACCUUGGCACUGCCUCACCACACCACCACACUCAGACGCACUUUGAUCCCGAUACUCAUUCAAGGCUUGUGGCACUCUUAGAAGCUGCAGUUUCAUCGUCCUCAGACCCGGAAGUGUUGCGUCGACUUACCUCCAGUGUGUCUUGUGCCCUGGACGAAGCUGCAGCUGCUUUAACGCGCAUGCGCUCAGAGACGGUUGGAGGAGCAGCAGCAGCGGCGGCGGCGGCAGCGGCAGCAGCGGCGGCAGCUGCCACAGUGGGAGGGAGUAGCAGUAGCAGUAGCAGCAGCAGUAGCAGCAGUAGUAGCAGUAGCAGCACCCCAGGGGACGGACAACGAACCUUGGUGGAGGCUUGCACAGACGGGGACGUGCCCACUGUGCGAAGGCUGCUAGACGAAGGCCGGUCUGUCCACGAGACUACUGAAGAAGGAGAGAGCUUGCUGUCUCUUGCCUGCUCUGCUGGUUACUACGAAUUAGCUCAAGUACUCCUUGCCAUGCGUGCCAACGUAGAAGACAGAGGCAUCAAAGGGGACUGCACACCUCUGAUGGAAGGGGCUUCUGCAGGUCAUGUAGAAAUAGUCAAGUUAUUAAUUGCACAUAAUGCGGAUGUUAAUGCCCAGUCCUCCUCAGGCAACACUCCCCUUAUGUAUGCCUGUGCGGGUGGACAUACUGACGUAGUCAAGGUCCUCCUCCAGCAUGGUGCCAAUGUUGAGGACCAUAAUGAGAAUGGCCACACUCCUUUGAUGGAGGCGGCAUCAGCUGGCCAUGUGGAGGUUGCCAAGAUCUUACUGGAGCAAGGUGCAGGAAUCAACACCCACAGUAAUGAGUUUAAGGAAUCAGCGUUGACAUUGGCGUGUUAUAAAGGACACUUAGAAAUGGUUAAAUUCCUUCUGGAUGCUGGAGCAGACCAAGAACACAAGACGGAUGAGAUGCACACGGCAUUGAUGGAGGCCAGUAUGGAUGGCCACGUGGAGGUGGCACGUCUCCUGCUCGAUUCUGGUGCACAGGUGAACAUGCCUGCGGACAGUUUCGAGUCCCCCCUGACCCUGGCUGCAUGUGGUGGCCACACUGACCUAGCGUUGCUGCUCCUUGAACGUGGAGCCAACAUUGAGGAAGUUAAUGAUGAGGGAUACACCCCUCUCAUGGAAGCUGCCAGGGAAGGUCAUGAAGAAAUGGUCACACUUCUCCUUGCUCAUGGGGCAGACAUCAAUGCACAGACGGAAGAAACGCAGGAAACCGCAUUGACGCUGGCUUGCUGUGGUGGAUUCCGAGAUGUGGCUGACCUCCUAAUCAAGGCCGGAGCUGACCUUGAGCUGGGAGCGUCUACACCGCUGAUGGAGGCUGCACAGGAAGGACAUAGAGAACUGGUUGAAUACCUUAUUGAUGCUGGUGCAAAUGUCAAUGCUCAGACCUCAACAGGGGACACUGCAUUGACCUAUGCUUGUGAGAAUGGUCACACUGAUGUUGCUGACCUACUAUUGCAAGCUGGGGCCAACCUGGAGCACGAGAGUGAAGGUGGCCGUACGCCUCUGAUGAAAGCAUGCAGAGCGGGCCACCUGUGCACGGUUCAGUUCCUCAUCGUGAAGGGUGGAGACGUUAACAAGACCACCACCAACAAUGACCACACGCCACUUUCCCUUGCUUGUGCAGGUGGUCAUGUCCCGGUGGUCGAGUUGUUGCUGGUCCAUGGGGCCGACCCUCACCACAAGCUCAAGGAUAAUUCUACCAUGCUCAUGGAGGCAAGCCGAGGGGGCCACACUAAGGUGGUACAGUUGCUCAUAGAUUUUCCUAGUUCCAUCUCGCACCUCCUUCCCGUGGUUACCCCGCCGCACCCUAAUGUGACGGGGGCAAGUGCGGGUGGUACGGGGGAGCUGGCAGCAGGAGCGCUACUAGAGGGCGAGUCACACCACCUCUCUGUCGGGCUGAUGGUGCCGGGUGGAGACACUCAGGCGCCCCUCGUUAUCGCUGCUAAUCAACCUGUGUUUAAUGAACUUGAUCGGCUUGGCGAGGGAGGCUUGGCGACCAGCUCUGCCCCAGCACCCAGCAGCCAGGUGUCCUCUGCAGCCAAGGCCAGCCGUAGCAAGACCACCCGCAAGCCUGCCGCCACUUCCUUGUUACCCACCACCAUGACCCCAGGUCUUGCACCGCCUAGUGGUGCGGUCACCAGUGACAAGAGCAGCACUCCCACGGAGGGAGGAACGACGGCAAAGAAUUCAUCUAGCAGUAAUGUAAACAACAGUGAUUAUGUCCUGCUAACCCCAGCCUCUCCAACUUCUCCACCACCUGGUAACCAAGAGGAGGCCAUUGCCAAGUUACGGCCAAGUGAUCGACUAGACCAGUAUGUAAACAGCAUUGUUACGAAGGCUGAACAGCCUCACCAAAAUAGAGAAGAACAGAUUCUACAAAAGCAACAAAUUCUGGAAGAGCUGCAAAGGGUAGAGAGAGAACUCCAGGGCAAGGUGAUCCCCUACAGUGGCAGCUAUGACCCCUCCCGGAGCAGCAGCAGCACGGGGACCAGCACAUGCAACAGCAGUUCUGUCAUUGGCACUGUCUGUAGCAAUGGAACAUCCAUCACAACCCUUACAAGCAGCAGCACCAAUAAUAUCAGCACUAGUGCCAUCAGCACUGGAAACACUUCAUUGGCGGCACCUCUUGUCUACCCUCCGGCAUCCCUUCACACCCACGUACCCAUUGCUACUCAUACUGUAGAAACUCAAACUGGUUUUCUUCCUGGCACAGGAUGGGCAGGCUUACCUCCUGGUGUUGUCAUGGGAGAAUUACCUCCUGUUGUAUCCCUUUAUAGUGGCGGGGCAACCUCUGCUGCACAGUUACCUAUCUCUCUCCCAGCAGAGGCAGCGCAAGUACCUUCAUCAAUAUUCCCCGGGGGAACUUGUGCUCAGGAGACUGCAGGAUAUCCUGCUUCCUCUGCUUACCACACACCGGCCUCGCCCCCAUCCUUGUCUACCCACAGUGUUUCCUCCUCUGGACCAGCAACUGGAAAUGUCCCUGUAUCAGAAAGACCUAAAAUGAUACCAUCAAAGAAAGCAGACAAGAAGAAGCUGCAAUUACAACAGCAGAAACAUCAGCAAGCUUCCCAACAACAGCAGCAUUCUCAGCAGCAGAUGAUUGCCCAGCGCAAUCAGGCUGUCCAGCAAUUACAGCUCCAACAGGUGCAGCUAAACCAUGGGGUUGAUAGUGCAUACAGUUGUCCAGGUAGUGGAUUAAGUACCCAAUCAUUGCUUGUUCCAGGUGGCACAAUGACCUCUCUACCUCCUCCUCCUCCUCCAGGUGUACUACACCCUUCAAAUGGAGCUAAACAAUGCCUUCCACCACCACCUCCUCCCCUCCCUCCUCCAAUGCUUGUUGAGCCUUCGCAUGAUCAAGGCUGUCAGAAUAAGAACAAGGUGGAGAGUACGCAGACAAGAGGCAAAAAAGACAAGAAAAGGAGUGUUCCUUCUGAAUGUGACUGCCCAGGGGUGUUAUCCAAUGAAGAGUUGGCCAGCAGUGGUGCUGGACUGGGGAAGUCAGAGAAUGAUUGUACUGGGCGUGAUGCCAGUAGUGGAGCAGAAGUUGUACCUCUGACUCCUUUGGGCACACCACUGCACCUGUCAACGGGAUUGGGGCCGGCACCGGGCACAGGACUGCAGUUUGUUCCAUCUACUCUUGUAUCCUCUCCUCACUUGCAGUUUGCACCUUUCCAAGUAGGCACAGGCUCUGUGCCUUUGCAGUAUAACCACUUGUCUACCCUGGGGGUGGGGCAGGCAGUGGGAAAUCAACCAGUCACCAGCCAGACUGCGGCAGCAGUGGCUGCACAGCAGUUGCAAGUAAUAGGUCCCUCGGGAGUUUCAACCAGCAGCAGUAGUAUUACUAACACUAGUGGCGGACCUGCAGGGGCAGCAGUUCCUCAUUCAAGCAAAUCCCAGGUAAAGAAAAUCUUGUUACAUUCACCACAAUUGGGAGUGCCUGCAGGAGAUUCCGGAGGUCAGCAGCGGGGGCCACCUCUGGGACCUCUCCUACAUGGCAGUCCCACAACACUACCUGUAGGGCAACAGGUUGCGCAGCCUCCUUCAGUCAGUCAACCUUCCACCAAGAAGAGCAAGAAACAAGUUCGAGUAACUGGGAGCAAGCAAGAGCGUGAAGGCCAUUUCAACCUUCCUGAUGCCAGCAGCACAGUCUCCUCCCAGGAUGCUGCCGCGCACCACCAGCCAGUCACUGCGGGCAUACCUCUGGACCCAGGAGCACAGGGUGUGGUGUAUGCCAACACACACACCAUGGCGCACUUUCCAGCGACUAUGGCACCUCCCUCUGGGACUCUGCCACUCUCCAGUGGGACUGUUAAUAGCUUUGGCCAGGGGCUACACCCCAAUGAGUCAGGUCUGAUGGUGGCCACACCAGCUGCGCCUGCCAAGAUACUCAAUGACCAGUUGUCAGAGAUGAUUACUGCACCUUCCCCUCAGGUUGGUGGUGGUCAGCUGGGUGUAGGAGGAGUGCCUGUAUCGGUGGGAGUUCCGUACAUGAGUGGUGAUGGCAGUGUGCCAUACACCGGCCCGACAGGCAUUGGUCCAGGUGGGGUCUGUCAUUAUCCACCUCACCUGGUAGAUGUGGACAUUGAGACGGAUUCCAAUCAUGAUACAGCACUUACCCUGGCUUGUGCAGGAGGACAUGAGGAGCUUGUACAGCUUCUCCUGAACCGCGGAGCAAAUAUUGAGCACAGAGAUAAGAAGGGCUUUACGCCACUUAUCCUAGCAGCUACUGCAGGCCAUGCAAAGGUAGUAGAGACCUUAUUGAAUGCUGGUGCUCACAUAGAAGCACAGUCGGAGCGCACCAAGGACACCCCUCUCUCCUUGGCUUGUUCUGGAGGCAGAUAUGAAGUUGUAGAAAUCCUUUUACAGCGAGGUGCUAAUAAGGAGCAUCGAAAUGUAUCGGACUAUACACCUCUCUCCCUCGCUGCGUCUGGUGGCUUUGUCAACAUCAUCAAGCUUUUGCUGGACAAUGGUGCAGAAAUCAACUCUCGCACAGGAUCAAAGCUCGGCAUCUCUCCUCUCAUGCUUGCUGCCAUGAAUGGCCAUGCAACUGCGGUGAAGCUUUUGCUAGACAUGGGCUCGGAUAUCAAUGCUCAAAUUGAGACCAACCGCAACACUGCAUUGACACUGGCAUGCUUCCAGGGAAGGCAUGAAGUUGUCUCCCUCCUCUUAGAUCGCAAGGCUAAUGUUGAACACCGUGCCAAGACUGGACUUACACCUCUAAUGGAGGCUGCAAGUGGUGGCUAUGUUGAAGUGGGUAGAGUCCUCCUGGAGAAAGGUGCCGACGUCAACGCCCCACCAGUUCCAUCCUCAAAAGACACAGCGCUUACCAUUGCAGCGGAUAAGGGCCAUUAUAAAUUCGUGGAGCUUCUUAUCCAAAGAGGUGCUCAAGUGGAAGUCAAGAACAAAAAGGGCAACUCUCCCCUGUGGCUAGCGGCCAACGGGGGACACUUGGAAGUGGUUCAGUUGCUAAAUAGCGCCACGGCUGACAUUGAGUCUGAAGACAACAGGAAGGUCUCCUGCCUUAUGGCUGCAUUUAAGAGAGGGCAUUACAAGGUUGUCAAGUACAUGGUACGAAAUGUGACCCAGUUUCCCUCUGACCUGGAGUUGCAGCGGUACAUUGCCACCAUAGCAGACAAAGAGCUGAUGACCAAGUGUACCAAUUGCAUGGAGGUGAUUCGUGCAGCCAAAGAAAAGCAAGCUUUAGAGGCUAACAAGAAUGCCUCCAUCUUACUGGAGGAAUUAGAAAAGGAAAGGAACAAAGAAGAAUCCAAGAAGGCCGCGGCUAGUCGAAGGCGGCUCAAGAAAAAGGCCAAGAAGUACGAGAGAAGGGUCGAGAAACGUCGCUCGGACUUCCCAAAAGGCAGCGACAGCGGAGACAAUUACGACGGCGAGGACGAGAAUGAAAAUGUUAUCAAUGAGGACCAGGAGAUCAAACAGCAGCAGACGAAGAAGGAGAAAAACGAGACCAACAACCUGCAGAGAGUAGAGCAAGUUGUGCCGGAGGAGAAGGACGGCGACAGUGGCAUUGACUCGAACAGCCAAACCAGUGCAACCUCAGAGACCAAAGUCACAGAGGAUAAGGAGAAGACUGGAAAGAAGAGCAAGAAGAAAAAGAAGGAGAACAAGGAAAUCUCCAACACACACCAAAAGCAGAAUUCGACCUCCCCUCCAGUCCCAGUCACUGAAACCGUGGAAGUGAAGAAAACCUCCUUGACUAGUACCAGUGCUGGGUCUACAACCUUGCAGCAGUUGCAACAGCAGCAGCAGCAGCAUUCUAGUGCCUCAUCCAUCAACACAUCAAAGAGCAAGAAGAAGAAGGAAGAGGAAAAUAAAGCCAAUGAGACUAUGAAUGAGCUCGACAUCUUCCACUUGGAGAGCCUCAAACUUGUGAACAACAAGAAGGUGACCCACGACUCAUCCCGCGUAAAUGCCUUAGACACGUUUGGAGAGGUGGACCACUAUGUUACGCCCAUCCCAGGGCUGGUGGGGAGCUCGUCAACCACACUCAGUGCACCCUCCCUCAGUCCCAAUACCAAGACUGCUCCUGGGCUUGGAACUAGCCCCAAGAAGGGCAACAGAAGAGAGGAUGGCUGGAAGGAAGUGAGCCGAAAGGCCAAGAAAGUGUCUGUCCCCAAUAGCGCCAUCAGUCGAGUCAUAGGCCGAGGAGGAUGCAAUAUUAACACCAUCCGUGAAGUGUCAGGAGCUCACAUUGAGGUUGAAAAGCAGGGCAAGAGCCAGGGAGACAGAAUGAUCAGCAUCAAGGGCUCAACGGAAGCCACACGCCAAGCACAGAACCUCAUUUCUGCCUUGGUCAAGGAUCCUGAUAAGGAUCUCUCAGAAUUGUUGCCAAAAUCUGUUGCCAAGGUUGCUCCCAAACCCUCCAAGAAUAGUGCUGAGUCUGCAGUAUCCCAGGCUCCCAGUAGCAAAGCUCUGAGACCUGCUAGUACUAUUGGAAUUAGCAUGGCUACAGUCACCUCUUCUACUACUAGCGUCACAGUAGCAAAGUGUGGAGCCACCACAACCACAGCCUGGUCAAGUGCCGUCACAUCCCCGAAAAGAACUCCAGCACAGGUGAGACCUGUGUCCACCAUUGGGCCAAUCAACUGUGCAGUCCCCAAGAGUCCUGCUGUUCGGCAGUUGUUCCCAGGUGAAAAGAAAUCAGUGCCUACCACUAGUGCUAAUAAAGUCCCCAAUACCAACAACUCUGCAAUUGUAGCAAUGGCUUCAGAUGUCACCCAGAUGUUUGCCACCAAGUUAGCUGAUGCCAAAGGCUCAGGAAAGAGUGCCACACCACCGCUUGUAGGGUCUCCCAACCCCUCACAAGCGCAUCAGGGAUUAGCUAAUAAUGCCACCAACGCCUCAGAAGGUAUUGUGUCCGAGGAGAAGGGUCUGCCAGAAACUAACAAUAAUGGUAUGGUAGGACAGCAAUAUUCCAUCUUUAAUAAUCGCCUUAGCCAAGUAACACAUGAGGCUAUGUGGGGUGCCAAGGAGAAGCAAGUGAACUUCGCUUCCGUUGCUGCGUCCGGCCUCCCGAACGGGAACAAGCAUCAGAACCAGCUGAACCAGCAGCAUCUGAGCAAUGGGCCAGUGAGCAGCUACUUGGAUCAGAUUGAGCAGCCUCCGGUAGUGGAUGCCAGCCGUGCUCCCGGGUACCGAGGGACAACCUCCACUAUCACAGCCAGUAGCCACAGCCACGUGACGGCUGUGGCUAGCGGCAGCCCGCCAGGAAGCAUCCCCGUGCCCAUGCCUUUGUCUGGAUCUCACCAGCCGCUCACCACAAGUAUGGCUCGCAGCGCCCCAGGGACACCUGUGGCCUCCCCGUCCAUGAGGCCUAUUGCACCCCCUGCCACACGUCAGACCUCCACACCACCCCCCAUCCCCCGCUCCUCACUGGACAUGGGGGGGACUGGCUCCUUCAGCAUCUUGGCCGGCCCAUCGCGCACGCCCCCACCCAUGUUGUCAUCGAUGGUGCGGAUUCCAUCAAUGCCGUCUGCAUCCCUUGGACCUGGUGCUCCGCUCUCCAACCGCGGCCACCUGUCACACUCAGGGAUGAAUAUGAUGCAGCAAGGUUACUCUGGUGCUUCAAUGGCUAGCCUGGCACCUGGCGGCCCUGUAUCCUCCAUCCCCCGUGGCCCUGUGCCGCCUCCCGACCACAGCGAUUUAGUUAAUUUGGCCCCAGGGCAGCCUUAUCGCAAGCCACCACCCCCUCUCGAGAUCAUUGGCCCCUUCCACCAGCAGAAGGUGCAACAGCAGUUUUCAUCUUUGGCUCAACUGACAGGCAUGAUGAAUGGGCCAAGGUUCACCACACCCCAGACCAACACCCACCCUGUCUUCACCAACAACAUCCUGGCACCCAUCUCUGCUGCCCCCCAGAUACAGAGCAACCUCAACCCCAAUGCGCCGGACUUCACUAGCAGAUCAGGAACAUUUGUGCCUCCCACUUUCCCUCCCCGCACCCAGUUAGCUGCCUUCCAGAACGGGGCUCCGACUGUCACGCCUUCCAUCGGCUCCGGCUUCAGCGCCAUGAAUCAGUUUCCGGGAGGGCUGGACGCGAACCUCUCCCUCUCGGGCGGCUUCGGCGAGGUGAUCAGUGGGCUCCUGCCCCGCAACCCGCCACCCAUUGCUCCCAUACCAACCACCAUGGCAGCUAACAACACGUACAGAAACAGCGGCGCCUCGCAGGACAGCUCCCCGCCACUCAACUCGCCCCAUUCCUCCAACCCUGCCUCGCCCACCCAGAGCGCAGCAGCGGCGACCACUGGAGGGAUUGCUCAGCAGCCGGAGGAGCGCCCGUCAAAGUUGCAACCCAUUGGCACCGAGCGCGCCCAGCGAGCCCAGAAGAGGUCUGAGCACGGCGGGGUGGUCGGGGGAGUGAGCGGAGGAUUCGGGGUCGUGGGCUCGGACAUGUGGCCCAUGCACUUGCCUGAAAUGCUGGCUCCGCCGCCCCUGGAACAUAAUCUACCGGCCAACCCCUACUACGGCGAUUUGGAUAUGGCACAGUACGGACAUGGACACGGGCAUGGUCAGCUGUGGAAUUGGGGAGACAUGAACCAACAGAUGUAAGGAGAACGAAGCGAAGAGAAGCAGCAGUAACUGAAAAAAAGCAUUAUCAAGAGCAAGGAAAGUUGCUUGCAGAGGCCAGACCCAGAAUCGUCUGGCAACAUGUGGAGCAGUCGCAGUGUCGGCAGCAGCAGCAGCAGCAGCAGCAGCGGGCUGCCCCUCAUAGCGCUCAGCACCGCUUAUUUCAUUGUCAACAGAUCUGCUUGCCUCUCUGAAAAUUUUAUCAUCAAAUUAAAUGCUUUUAAUUGUAGUCCUUGUGGUUUGGGUGACAUUAUUAAACUCAGUGAAAUUGCUUCAUUCAGAAUAUAAUGAAUUUCAUGAAUGGUACUUCCAAGUACCUAUGUUUUAAGUAAUUCAAAUGUUUUAAAGUGCCACUUUAAAAUUGAGUGAUGUAUGAUAACUGUUAAUGUUUUCAAAGGUUUAAAGGCAACCUCAUAUGCAAUUGCUGUGGUGUCACUCGUGUUGACAUGGUUAUGAUAUUUUGUUGCUUGCCCACGUAAGGAUUAUUGGUAGUCGUAAAUGACGCAACGUAAUGGUGGCCUCGUAAACUCUUGGUAGGAUAAUAUACGGUGGCUGUGACCACCGCCCUUAUGACUGAAGAGGACGUUGUCCCAGUGUGGCUGCGCCCGCCGCCCCCCCCUCCUCACCGGCCAGCCCCACCCCCCUAUAUGCUGCCCGGGGGCGGCGGUGUGUGCAGGCCGCCAUGUAGUGCACAUGGGCAUCUACUGCGCCUGCCCACUGAACAUGUCACGGACGUGGGUGGCCAGCCUGCCCCCCUCUAUUGUACCCAGCCACGCCCGUGGAUCCUGAUGACUGCUUGUAGUCAGCUUGUCACUGGUUCACCCCGCACCCCGGCCUUCAUACACUCACGUUUGCAGUCUUGUGUUUCCUUCAUUGUAUGCAAGUCAAAGAGUCACUAGAAGGCAACUUAUUGUCAUGAGUUGAGCGACCCUUCCUUUAUUCCUCCCCGCCCCACCCGCCCCUCCCCCCUGAUGUCCCUCCCUCCCCUCGCCAACACGCCUACUCGGUGACGAGCGGCCGCCCACUCCCGCCGCCCGCUCGGAGGUCGUACUUGUAUAUGCAGCAGUAAUUAUAAUAAAGCUUACUAUCCACUCCUACUAUGUGGAAACAUUAAAAAUUUAUCAGGCAAAACCAAUGUGUUACUUUAACCUGAUCCUUUUGGUCACUUUUCUGAAAAGUGACAUGCAGAAACCAAGAGAUUUUGGCAAGUGAAAUUUGCUUGAUUCAGAGGAAGUCAUGUUAGAAAUGCAUCGUUUUGUAUUAGAUAGAUAUAAUGGAGAGGAAAUGGGAAGAAAAGUUUACAUAUUUGAAUCUUUAUUUGUAUUAGCAGAAUACAUGUCUAAAAUGAUAUGGUUUCAUCCU